CGCCGUGCAGGACGGAGCUCCGCGGCGCAGCGCUGCAGGAGGAGGAGAAGGAGACGAAGGGGGCGCGUCUGCCCGGCCGGCCUGGGCGAAAAGGUGGUGGGGGAAGAAGGACUGGCCGGUGCGGGGAAAGCAGGAACCUGGCAGCCCGGAGGUGAAGCCGGAGCCCGCUGUAGCUGCCGCUGAAGAUGUCCAACAGUGGCCUCAACCCAGAAGACAAGCCGCCAGCCCCUCCCAUGCGGAAUACAAGCACCAUGAUCUGCUCCAGCAGCAAAGAUGUCGGCACCCUCAACCAUGGCUCGAAACCCCUGCCUCCUAACCCCGAAGAAAAGAAAAGGAGAGAUCGUUUUUAUCGCUCCAUCCUGCCCGGAGACAAAGCCAACAAGAAGAAGGAGAAAGAACGGCCGGAGAUCUCCCUCCCAUCAGACUUCGAACACACGAUCCACGUUGGAUUUGAUGCCGUGACAGGCGAAUUUACAGGCAUGCCGGAGCAAUGGGCCCGCUUACUCCAGACGUCCAACAUCACCAAACUGGAGCAGAAGAAGAAUCCUCAAGCCGUCCUGGAUGUCCUUGAAUUCUACAACUCCAAAAAGACCUCCAACAGCCAGAAAUACAUGAGUUUCACAGAUAAAUCUGCGGAAGAUUAUAACUCCUCAAAUACUCUGAACGUGAAGGCUGUGUCGGAGACUCCGGCCGUGUCCUCUGUGUCGGAAGAUGAGGAUGAGGAUGAUGAAGCUCUCCCUCCGCCAAUCAUCGCCCCUCGGCCCGAACACACAAAAUCGAUUUACACCCGCUCCGUGAUCGAACCUCUUCCGCCAGCCCCAACCAGGGAUGUGACCACCUCCCCUAUCAACUCUCCUUCUGAAACCAGCAUCACGCCGCCCGACACACUGGCGAGAAAUGCCGAAAAACAGAAGAAAAAACCUAAAAUGACGGAUGAAGAAAUACUGGAAAAACUAAGAGGUAUCGUAAGCAUUGGGGAUCCCAAGAAGAAAUAUACCAGUUUUGAGAAGAUUGGACAAGGGGCUUCCGGUACAGUUUACACAGCGAUGGAUGUCGCAACGGCACAAGAGGUUGCCAUCAAACAGAUGAAUCUGCAGCAGCAGCCGAAGAAGGAGCUGAUCAUCAACGAGAUUCUCGUCAUGAGGGAAAACAAGAACCCCAACAUUGUCAACUACCUGGACAGUUACCUGGUGGGAGACGAGCUGUGGGUUGUCAUGGAGUAUCUGGCCGGCGGUUCCUUGACAGACGUGGUAACGGAGACCUGCAUGGAUGAAGGGCAGAUCGCAGCCGUGUGCCGUGAGUGCCUUCAAGCGCUGGAGUUCCUUCACUGCAAUCAGGUGAUCCAUCGUGACAUCAAAAGUGACAACAUCUUACUUGGAAUGGACGGCUCUGUCAAGCUAACCGAUUUUGGCUUUUGCGCCCAAAUCACGCCGGAGCAGAGCAAGCGCAGCACCAUGGUGGGGACGCCAUAUUGGAUGGCCCCCGAAGUGGUCACCCGGAAAGCCUACGGCCCCAAGGUGGACAUUUGGUCUCUGGGCAUCAUGGCCAUUGAGAUGAUCGAGGGGGAGCCCCCGUACCUCAACGAGAACCCCCUGCGGGCUCUGUAUCUCAUUGCUACCAACGGGACCCCAGAGCUGCAAAACCCGGAGAAGCUCUCCCCCAUAUUUAGAGACUUCCUGAACCGCUGCCUGGAAAUGGACGUGGAGAAGAGAGGGUCUGCCAAGGAGCUUCUCCAGCACCAGUUCCUGAAAAUUGCCAAGCCCCUCUCCAGCCUCACCCCUCUGAUCGUUGCAGCGAAAGAGGCCACCAAGAACAACCACUGAGAGGGAGAGAGAGA